AUGUACGGUGUGAGAGGUGUGGACUUACGAACUCCAUUACCUUUAACAAAAAAAACCCUCGGCAGACCUGGCGAUGAGUUGGAGGGCUAUCCAGAGGAGGACGAGUCUCCCGACGAAGGAGAUUCGUGUUUCAUGCGUCUUUUUAAUACAACUUUUAAGUGUUACGAAGCCGAUAUAAAGCCAUCAUCUCAAGUGGCCAAACGCAACUGGAAGGGUUUGCUGUUGGCUCUUCUUGUGAUAAGCGUAAUAUCAGCCCUAAUCGUCCUUGCGUGCUUUCUCACCUACGACUACAAGACCGAACCAUAUUACGGGCUCCCCUUGACACUAAAUGAUGUUGCAAUGCUCAACGGUUUAAUCAACCGCCCGAAUGCUCAAUUUACAAGAAAUAAUUUAGUUUACCUGUCCUCAAAUGGAUCCCUGCUUGCAAUCGACCUCAAAACCCACAAACACAGGCUAAUAAUGACCAGCGCGCAAUUACGAGAAAAACAGAAUUUCACUGGAAUCCUGAGUGUCUCUGAGAAUAUGACCACCCUACUGCUACGCUACCUAUUUAUACCAAUUUACCGCAGGAGCUAUUUCUCGCAAUAUCAAGCUGUUCUGCUGUCCCCAGGCAACAAUCCUCAAAUCCAAGCCCGAGUAGACAUUGGACCAUUUGAGGAGGGAUUUGAACAGCCCUUGCUCAAUCACGCUCAAUUUUCGCCCAAUUCAGAGGCGCUGGCUUUUGUCUACAAGAAUCACAUCUACUGUCAACGAAAUCCCUUCAACAAAUCAGUGGACAAUAUGCCCGUACCAAUAACGACCAAAAUUUACCGAGAAGGUGUGCUUUAUGGGGUCGCUGGAUUCCUCUACGAAGAGGAAAUAAUGGGUGCUUCUCAGACCUUUUGGUGGAGUCCACAAGGCACAAAAUUGGCCUUCACCGCGAUAGACGAAACCAACGUAACCAAAACUAAGUUGCUUUUCUUUGAGACUCCGGGCACAUUCGGACCUCAGGUGAACGAUCACAGCUAUCCCAUGGCUGGUGAAGAACGCAAAUUUAACAUGCCAUUCCUGACAAUAUAUGUGUAUUUGAUGGCAACCAACAAGCUGAUGGAUUUCGAAAGACCUCACAAGGUGCCACAAGAUGCCCAUAUGACCUUCUUCAAGUGGAUUGACGAUGAGCGAUUUUUGUGCGGAUGGGUGUCACGCAAGUGGGAUGUCGCCUGGAUUGUGGUUGGAGAUGUGCCAUCACAAGCCAUGUAUUCUGUAAAUAUACCAAGAGCACUCCCGAUUCGGAUGGGUGAAUCUUCUAGUUCACGAGUCUGUCACAGCGUGACGUGCCAUCCACAUGAUGAGUUGACCUGUGCGGCAACAGCAAACCAACAUUCUCAAAUGCCCAUAGUUGAACCGACAAUGCAAUCCAUCCUCACCGUCAUCCCCAACUAUUACAGUGCAAAUGUAUACCGAGGCAUCGCAAGACUAUCUUUGAACAUAUCAAGACACCUAACUACUCAGUAUCCACAGUGGGUGCAUACGCCAGACUAUGACGUGAGAGACAUCUUGUAUUCUUUUGGGGAGAACGAGGUUCUCUACACAUCCAUUGGAAAAGAUCCUAAAGAAAUGCAUUUAUUCAUAACCCGAGGUGGUACUCAGGCCAAGUGUCUAACUUGUGGCGAUCCCAACUGCCGGUUCAACUCUGCCAAAGUGUCCAAAGAUGGCGCUAAUAUCAUUCUCGAGUGCCUAGGGCCAUCUCCACCUUCGGUUUACCUCAAGCGAUUUGUCAGAAAUACCACAGAUUUUGGAUCGUUGGAACAUGUGGCAGUGGUAGCCAAUAACACCGACCUGAAGGAGGUUGUGGCAUUGAAGGCCAUGCCGGUGACCAAGUUUGAGAAUGUUACCAUACACAAGGGAACAUCUGCAGAGAUCACAUUGAAUGUGAAGUUUGUGCAACCGCCGGAGUUGGUGGAGAACCAUAUUACUCAGUAUCCUGUCCUACUGGAAACAUACGGCGGUCCAAUUUCUCAAACUGUGACGACAAAAUUCGUUGCCGAUUGGCAAUCCUACCUAGUGACACAGUUCAAGUUUGUGGUCAUCUCAAUUGAUGGUCGAGGAACGGGCAAUAGAGGCAAGAGAUUUGAAUCAGCCAUCUACAAGAAGUUCGGAGUUGUAGAGGUUCAGGAUCAGAUGGACGGAUUAAGACAAAUCUUGAAGACGCAUAAGUACCUCAACGGGUCGAAGGUUUGCGCCUUUGGAUGGUCUUAUGGUGGAUUUGCGGUGGCAAACAUAUUGGGUCAUCCCGACAAUGAUUUCAUAUUCUGUGGAGUUUCUGUAGCGCCAGUCACCGAUUUUCGUCUCUACGACGCAGCAUACACGGAGAAGUUUUUGGGGCCCUACGCCGAAAAUGCUCACGCCUACGAACGAACUCAAGUGACCCAACUAGCGCGCAAUUUCAAAAAUAAGGACUUUCUCAUUGUCCACGGAAUGGCUGAUGACAACGUAAAUCUCAUUCAUUCUGCUUUGCUGGUGAAGGAAUUAGUUAGACAUGGCGUUGAAUUUGACAUGAUGUCACGCACCCAUUGGCUUGCUUGCAUCAAUCAAGGCGCUCUUGCAACGGUUAACAGCGACAGCCGCAUGAACACUAUCAACGAGACCUCUGUGCUCAAGUGUGAGUAG